AAGGACCAUUUGUGAAAUUUUGUCUAAAAAAUCAUAAAAAAUCACGUCAAGAUCUCCAGCUCUUCUCCGGCACUCCCUCGCAUCUCCGGCGCACCUCUCGUUCUCUGGCGCACAUCUUGUUCUCCGACGUCAGUGUAGUUAUCCGGUACUCCGGAUCGAACAAGGGCUUCAUUCCCCCUGCACCAGUCAUUUCGGGCAGCUGCUUCGUCACUAUCAUCUACGGCCAGUAUCCUCUCCAUCGUGUCAUCUCUUUUUCUACGAUCUUGAAGAAGAUGACGAAUCGAAAGAGAGACAACUUUUUCAGCAGAUUCAUAUUAACAAUAACAGCGAUUAUGAUAUCACUUUCAUGUUCAUGUGUGAAUUUCUCACAUGCUGCUUCCUCGACUUCUUCUUCUUCUUCUUCAGUGCACACCAACAACUGGGCAGUCUUGGUCUGCACCUCACGCUUCUGGUUUAAUUAUCGGCAUAUGGCAAACACUUUAUCCUUGUAUAGGACUGUGAAACGACUAGGGAUACCUGAUGAGAGGAUCAUUCUUAUGUUAGCAGAUGACAUGGCUUGCAAUUCCCGAAACAAAUACCCUGCACAAGUUUUCAACAAUGAAAACCAUAGGCUUAACUUGUAUGGAGAUAACGUUGAGGUAGAUUAUCGAGGUUAUGAAGUGACAGUUGAGAACUUUUUGAGAGUUUUAACAGGUCGCCAUGAAAAUGCUGUUCCAAGAUCCAAACGUCUUUUGAGUGAUGAAGGAAGCCAUAUACUGUUAUAUAUGACAGGACAUGGAGGAGAUGAGUUUCUGAAAUUUCAAGACUCUGAUGAACUUCAGAGUCAUGAUUUGGCUGAUGCAGUCAAACAAAUGAAAGAAAAGCGUAGGUUCAAGGAACUGUUGAUUAUGGUAGAUACAUGUCAAGCUGCUACCCUCUUUUCCCAGCUCCAUUCACCUGGUGUUUUGGCUAUUGGGAGUAGCAUGAAAGGGGAAAACUCAUAUUCACAUCACUUAGAUUCUGAUGUUGGUGUCUCUGUUGUGGAUCGAUUCACAUUUUAUACGUUAGCUUUCUUUGAGAGGCUCAACAUGUAUGACAACGCAUCAUUAAUCAGUCUUUUUGGCUCAUUUAAUCCAAAUUUACUGCUGUCAACUGCAUAUUAUCGGACAGAUUUAUACCAACAAGAAUUGGAGAAGGUACCCGUGACAAAUUUCUUUGGUUCAGUGAUGAAAACAAUCCACACUGGUUCUGCUUACAGAGUUAAACCCAAAUCUGAUGUGUCAUCAGAUCCAACUCCAAGAAUAACAACUACCACUUCACAUUCUGAGAAACAAGUUGAUCAUCUGGAGACAAAUGUGGUGAAAGUGAAACAUGGAAAUGGAAGUUGUCCUCAUGCAGAAUUAUGGGAUAUGAUGGUUGACAAGCUUCAAACUUUCAAAAAUGUUGACACCAUUGUCAAUUACGGUUUGCUUGGAUUGUUGACCCUUGUGGCACUUUCCACCUGGCAAUCAUCAUCAUCAUCAUCAUCAUCAUAGAUAGAUAUAAAGGUGUUAAUGAGAAAAAUUGAGACGCUUAGAACAUCCUGUUAUAUAUGCAACUCUCAAGUAAAUGCAAGCAAGCUUGGGCCUUGGGUGUGUCUUUACAUCACAUGGAUGGAUUCCUAAUUACACAAUUUAUUUUUGUAACAAUCAUCAUGAAACUUUUGGGGUUACAAAUUUCCAAUUUCUAAUAUGAAUCAGUUUAACAUAAUCUACUCAAGAAGCUUGGUGCAUAUGUUUGUAGCGGUAAUCGUAUAAUCUGUAUAUUAUAGAAAGGAUCAUCUAUAACUCUACAUGAUAUAAAAUCUUCUGACAUAUCUAGUUUUGUUUA